UCCAUCUAUUCUGUCGUUUGGUUUAUUUUCCUCUUUUGUAUUUGUUAAAUAGAACUAUAAACGGAAUAAAAUUAAUUGAUUUUAACAACCUAAAUUAACUAAGAGUAUUUAUUUUAACAUUUUUUAAUUGGGAUGGAAUUUAAAUACAUUUAAAAAACGCAAACAUGAAUCGAAGAAUUAAAAAAUCACGAUAAAAUGAACUCUGGAAAAACGUAAAUUGAAAUAAUGUUCGACAUUGAUGGUGCAAAGUAUUUUUUCAAUUAUAUGUUAACAAAAAAUUGUGUUGGCGUUUCUAGUUAACAACAAAAAGGAGAAAAAAGACAACACCGUAAUAAUAGAAAUAUAUGUAUAUAACAUAAAUUGCGUUUGUUUGUUAUCUUGUGGAGUGAUAAAAGUGGAAUACAAUAUAUAAUCAAAACAAAAAAUACCUCUAAUAAAUUUCAAAUGUUUUUAAUAUUUGGCGUUUUAUCGUCAAAUUGCUAUACGUAAUACAUCCGUUGGAAUAAGAAUAAAACACAAAUUGAUCAUUUUAAAAAGAAGAAUACGAAUCUGUCUUCUUUUUAUUUUUAUUUAUCAGAAAAAUGCGCUGUGUGUAAUUAAUAUUUGUUGGAGAAAAUAAGAAGUCUUUCUAUGUUUCGUGCUGCUGGUGUUUAUUUUUUGGGUGCCUUGACACUUGAUAUGUACCGCAAGUGAAGUAAAUUCUUGUUGGCGGUGGUUGUGCAGAGUGCAGUGCAGUUCCUAGUGAACUUUUUAUAUUCGUACGUCAUUGUAUAGGCAACAACAACAAAGAAAUUAAAAAAAAACGGAAUAUUAACACAUACAAAAACACAUAAACAAUAAUAACAACGUCGAGGAGCAAUGAAGUCGUCGGGUUCAUCAAUAUGGCUGCUAUUAUCGAUUGUUGUAAUCAAUUCACUACAAUGCAUUUAUUGUGGCAUAAACAAUUCUCCCGGUGAAACUUUACCAGCGCGACUUGAGAUUGAAAUCAACAGCAGUGCUAAUAUAACAUGUCGUAUGAAUCCAUCAAAGUUUGGCGGCAAUGUCAAUAGUUCUUCUCUGUAUUUUGAACAAGAAGAUACAAAAUAUGUAGUGCCCAAUGUUAAUAUACACAUUUUAAACGACACAACAAUUGUCUUUAUGUUACGAAAUGCGACGGAACAAGAUCGUUAUUAUAUUUGUAAAAUUGGCACGAAGGGCAUUGGCAUUACGCACGUAUCAGUUGGUACUGCACCUCUAGAUAUAACGGAUUUCAAAUGUCGUGGCUAUGAUUAUACAUAUAUGGUGUGCAAUUUUACCAAGCCACAUAAUGUAUUACUAACACAAUAUAAUUUAAGUUAUACGGCACAAUCACCGUUUCGAACAUUUAUAAGGGACAAGAACGGAAAACGUCUUUACCGUACAAUUUAUUCACAGAAUUACAUACAAAUAUGUCACUUGGAGAUUCAACAAAAUCAAGGCAUCUGCAAUUUGACCAUGGAUAAAAAUAACUAUCGGCCAAAUUAUGAAUUUUACAAUUUCACACUGAGAGGCCAAAAUGAAGUGGGAUUAAAUGAACAGAGUUUUUGGAUAAAUCAUUACGAAAGUGUUAUUCCACCUCGGCCUGAAUAUACUUUUGAAAAGAUCACAAAUAAUACGAUCAUCAUAAAAUGGAAUAAUCCGAAAUAUAGUUUUUAUGCCGCCAAAGGUUUAGAAUAUGAAAUACGUUUAAGGCCCAAAGGCGCAACAUGGGUAUAUCCACCUAAUUAUGAAAUUCGCAAUAAUCGAUCGGAGUACAAACUGAUUGUGCGCAAUUUGCCAUUUGCCUAUUUUUGGUACGACAUCAGUGUACGUUUGCGUGUUAAAAAAUCUGCCCGUAAUGAUGACAGCUAUUGGAGUGAGCCGUAUAUACAAACAUUUCAAACACUAGCCUGUCCCCCGGACACAGCACCAAUUACAGAUGUGGGCAGCUUCUACAUAGAUGCCAGUGAAACAAAUGUGCGCCUUUAUUGGCACCAGUUACCGAUCUAUAAGGAGAAUGGCCCCGAAUUUAAAUAUGUUAUUAAAGAAGUAAAACGUGAUGGAGUCAUUGUUUCAUUGGAACCUCUACACUUUGAUCGUACAUCGGCCACAUUUCCCUGGCUUAGGCAUCAUAAUUAUACUUUUGUUAUCAAGAGCAGCAACGCCGAGGGAGAAUCUCCCAAUAAUAGUACCAUUUUUAUACCAGCCUGGUCAAAGCACCACGAACGUAACUUUUCUCCGAAGUGGAUACGAAAUAUUUAUCAUGCAACAAAUCGCACCUCUACGCUCUCUUGGAGUCCUCCGCACAAUCAGCGACAUUUGAUUGAUUACACUGUCUUUUGGUGUCAAUCGAAACACGCCACUACCACUGAGUGUGAAGAUACAGUUCUAUUUCAACAUGUAGGCAAGGAGUCAACACUUUUUAACAUCUCCGCCCAGAAAGAUGAUGAAAUUCCAUUAAAUUUCGCUGUGUCGGCCAAUUAUCGAGACUUUAAUACUGGCAUGCAUUGGACAAUGUGUUCGGCGGAUGUUACGAGUGAACUGGUGAAAUUGGAGCCUGAAAUAAUCGAUAAAACAAGUCGUUCCAUAACAGUACAAUGGAGCACAGAUCGAGUAUGUUCGUCCCUUGUAGAGGGCUACCACUUGAUUUAUUGUCGAAUUCAACAUUCAUCUGGAAGUCAAAUAUGUAAAAGAGAAGAUGAUUCUGAUGAGAGUUGUCUCGAAGAAUCCACAACAUAUACAAUUUCAAAUACGGCGAAAAAAUAUACAAUAAAAGACUUGGAACCCUAUUCCAGGUACAAGAUACAAAUUAACAUGUUUUCCAAACUGAAAUCGGGUAACCUAAGUGAUGCCCAAUGUAUAAAUACCCAUGAAGAUGCUCCAUCAAAGCCACACAAUUUGAGAGCCUACAAUGUUACAAGUAAUUCGGUAGUUUUAAUCUGGUCGCAGCCUAAGAAUCACAAUGGAUUAUUAAGAAAAUACAGAAUAGCAUAUAACAAUGAACAUCAUACCAUUAAUUGUCAAACGGACGAAGAAAAAUGUGCUCCAAAGCAAAUGGAAUAUAAACUAGAAAAUCUAAGCAGUUAUACCACCUAUAAAAUUUAUAUUAUUGCAUACACAACAGCACCAUCCAAUCAUAGUAACGAUAUAACUAUUACAACUCUCGUCGGAAUUCCCUCCAAUCCACGCAACGUUAAGACAAAAGAUAACGACCAAAACAUAUUGCAGUGGACCAGGCCGGAAGUACCAUCCGGACGUGUUGAGUUCUAUGAAGUCGCCAUAACGGAAUGGUAUAAGGAUCAAAUAAAAAGACAACAUAUAACCAGAUUCAUAGAUGUCAAUGAGUGCAAAUUUCAUUUGCCAGUUUGCAUAGAUGCCGACCAUCGGUUCACAAAAGAAGUGCGGGCAGUGAAUGUCGUGCCAUUAACAGAAAUUGAUCACUACAUAUUUGCUACGAAAAAUGUAUCAAACGAUGAUGCCACCAAUUAUAAUAAGGAAAACGAAGACUUGAGAUGUGACGGCAAGACUUUGAGUGCACAACAACUAGCCAAAAUCAAUGAAUACCAGGACAAUCACAAGUAUGUUCAGUACAAAUCUGUGUGGGAGAAGGGUCCUGUCACUAACUGUUCAGAUCCCAAAUUGAGUCGUAUUACGAUGUUGGCUUUGUUGAUUGUCGUUUCAUCACUGGGAGUCAUGGCUGCCUUUUAUGUGGCUCGUAACAAAUAUCAGAAAAUGGCAAAUAUUUCGUGUGCUCUUCCACCCGGCCUAGAGGCAAUGGCCUAUCCGAUUAAAGACAAUGGCGAUGGCGGUGAUGAUUUUCGUCGCAGUAAAGAUCCAUUUUACAACAAUGAAAGUCGUCGUUUACUCUCCUCUAUAAGUCACGACUCUGGUUAUGCCUGCCACAAUGGUGACCAUAAUAAUGGCGGUGUCAAUGGUAUUGCGGCGUGUUCGUUGGGCAAAAGUAGCGGUUACAUUGGUUCCAAUCAUUCCACAGACUACUGUACCCAAGAGACAUUUGUGGCCGCCGACAACUUAAGCGAUGAUAGUUGUGUCAUUGAUCAGACGCCAGUCGUCGAUGAUGCAUACAUGGUUAUGGAACUAUUGAAACCCAAUAGCAACAAGUUGUCGGCAUCAUCGUCUACCACAACAUUCGAUAACCUUAUAUCACAGUCGGAGAGCAAUGGCAACGCGUAUGUGCAACCAAACUUCACGGCUAUAGCAGCACUCAGUGGCACUAAAAAUACUGUGCCACCCAUGACAGCCACAAAAUUGCCUACAUCAUUUAUGCCCACCGACAAUGGUUAUAUCAAACAAAUACCAACGUCUAUGCACACACAACUCUUACAGUCUGAGAAUGGCUACAUUAAGCCAAAUAAUCUUUUCAACUGGCCCAUGGAUAAAAUGCCUCAACAAACAGCUGUGGCGCACGCAACGCAUGCUUCGAACACUAUGGCAGGUUUGCCAAUAAACAGUUCGGGUUAUGUGGCGCCACAAUUACUGCAAAAGGCCCUAAUACCAGCUGCGAACGGUUAUACUUCAUUAGAGGCCUUGGGCAAAUCCAUGAAACCAACACAACCGACAAUGUCACAAACAUUUAUUAAUCCAGAAGAGAGCGGUGUAGGUGGCGUUUUGAGCUCAAAUAUUCCACCAAUAUCGGGUUACGUAACACAAAAGGAAUUAUCGGCCUUUGGCCAACAACAAAAAUUUAAUUGAAUCCCAAAUUUAAUUAAAUUUUAAGUAUAUAUUCUGUUUGUACAAAAUGAGAUUCUAUAACGAUUAAAAAACAAAACAAAAAACUAAAUUAAAUUAAAAAAACAUAUUACAGAAAGUUACUAAAACAAAUGAAACCAUUGCCCACAUCAAUUGGAAUGAAAACCUUGUACAAUCUAAUCAUUAAUAAGACUCUACUACACAUUUACAUAUAUUUUAUUUUAUUUUUUUAUAGAUAUAUUUGUUUGCCCUGCAACUACCACAUACUAGCUACUACUAAAAUGUUUGUAAUAACAAUAAUAAUAAGAAUAAAUUAAUUUUAUAUGCAUUAAAUGUUGUAUUAUUAUAAAUCUUGUAAUUAGUAUAAUUUAUUUUAAUUUUUAAUUAUUGUGUAUGUAUUAUUACAACAACUGAAACAAACAGAAAAGUGCCUUUUUAAAUAUAUACAUACACACUCACACACACACACACGCAUGUAGUAAAUAUACUUUUAUUAAUUUAUGAUUUUUUUUGGUGUCAAUUUUCUACAUUGACACUGCUGCAACAAACACUGAUACCAUCAAUUUUAUUUUGUUUUAAUUUUAAACUAGAUUCUAUUCUGGCUGCUACUCAUUCAUACAUUCAACCAUAGUCGUAUCACUCAUAUCGCCCUUACACAUGCCUCGUAUUUCAAUUUUUAUUUAACCAUAAGUUUGUUAAUAUUGUUGUGCUUUCAUCACAGUAACUACUUUUUUUUUUUAAACACACAUUUCUAUUAUUAUUUAAUUUUAAGUUUAACAAAUCAUUAAGAAAACAAAUAGAAUACGAUAAGUGGAAAAGUAUGUACGUACGUACAUACAUAUUUAUAUGUAUGUCGUAUAUCGUUAAAUUGUAUUCUGUAAAUUAAACCUAUGUUAGGUAUUUUUGUAAUUAUUAUAUAUUUCUUUUUUUUUAAAUAUUAAGUUGACAGUAGUAAUUGUAUUGUAUUGUUAAUUUUAACAUUUAGCUUUAAAACACGCAAACAAAUACACACAUGUGAAUAUUUUGUGGCCUUAAUAAGAAAAGAUGACUUUUCUUUCUUGUGUAGCUUUCCUUUUGUAAAAAAAGAACAAAGUUUACUACAGUAUUUUAUGACUUUUGUAAUAAAUAUUUGAGUGAAAAAUAUUUUAGCUUUACAUCAUCAUCUAUAUAAGUAAAACGUACUUAAAUAAACAUUUUUAAUUCUUGUAUAUUACGAGUGUAUUUAAUAAACAAAAAUAACAUUUUAUCUUCAAAAAAAAAAAAAAAGAAAAACGAAAA